CUGGGCAUUGGAUACGGGCAACACAUGGACCUGAAUGAGCCGUAUUCUCCGACUACCCCUAGACCUCCUGGCACAACCGUCACCAUGAAAACAGUCCUGUAUCUGUUCACCACGUUUGUGAUAGCUCAGCUAGUUGGAGCUGUACUGUAUGGUUUAUAUCUUCACAGGAAGAUGGACAAGGUGGAAGGUGAGAUGAAUUUACGAGAAGACUUAUUGUUCCUUAGAAGAUUGCAGAAAUGUCUGAAACCACAAGAGGCAGAUACAACUUUAUUGGAUUGCUCAGCCAUCUUAAACAUGUUCCAGGAUCUCCAGAACCGAACAAGCAAGGUUCCCCAAGAAAACUACAUUGGCAGACUAGCAGGGAAGGAGGAAAAGCCAACAGCAUCUAUUCACCUCGCAGGUUUUAAGGACAGCUCCCAGCCAGUAUCAGUUUUGCAAUGGACUGAGGCUCUAUAUGCCCCGAGUGAUGACACAAUUUCCCACCAAGGCGGAAAACUAAAGGUUACCAGAGGAGGAAGAUAUUAUGUCUAUGCCCAAGUCACCUUUUGUGAGAAACCUCGAUCACACGCACCAUUCAAUGUGUACAUAUAUCUGCAUCUGCCGUCUGAGAGAGAUCAGCUACUGCUGAAAGGAAUGAGAACUUCUGGCCAUUCAGACGUCAUCGGCAGCCUGCAGUCCGUUCAUCUCGGAAGAGUUGUCGAGCUCCAGGAAGGACAUACCAUCUUCAUCAAUGUGACAGACUCCUCCAAAGUGAACUAUGAUCACGGAAACACAUACUUUGGCAUGUUUGAGCUCUCUAAGAAGAGCCUGUGA